UAUGGCAGAAGAACAAUUCAUCCGGCCGGGGGAUGAAAGUCCACAACACUUUUACGUACACGCAAGACAUUAAUUACGAGCCUAGGAUUCUAGAACUACCCCUUGAAGACAAAAACUUCAGGUUAAUAGUCCUGGUGCCAAACAAAGUGGAUCUCCUCCAUACAUUAUUUCGUCGAUUGACCAACGAAGGUUUGACAGCGUCCUUUGCCAGCGUGCAGCCAUUGUUCACAGCGCCAUCAAUUUUGAGACCACCUAACAUAAAGAUUUCUUCUGAAACUAGCAUCAGGUUCGAAGAGGCUAAUAGAAACCUGAAUCAAACGGUUAUUCAACAUGGUAACGUGAUUGUGGAUAACAUUGGCGUCAGUAUCAAAGUUCUAACCUGUCUAUAUAUGUCCGAUGAACCUUUAAGCUGCAAUGCUACUAAAACAACACCAGCGGAUAAAUCGCCCAUUUUCUUCGCAAUCAUAUUCGAAGAUAGUCCACUUUUUACUGGACAGUACAUGGAAGGAAUAUUUUAGUGCGUAAAAACAAUUAUAAAAAGAAAUUGAAUUCCUUUGUUUGUUUCAUUGCAAUGCUGAAACAGCCUGCGAGGGGUAAUCUUCAGCUUAGAACGAAG